AUGCCACUAAAAGAAGUACCCGAACAUCACGUAAGGGAAGCGAUUAACCCGCGGACUGGCCGACGCGAACGUGUAUUUGUCAACCUGGAAUCCGUAUACCCUAACCGCACCAACCCAGCACAUGAGAUGAGUUUCGAAGAGCUCAGGGCCAUCAAUCGUGGUUGGAUGGGCAAGAAUUGGCGACAACAAAAAGAGCUCUUGCAUCAGAUCUCUGAGAACACAGGCAGUACCGAGUCACUGCUAGAGAAACCUCAUUCAGCAGGGGAAUUGCCAGAGCAUUUAGGCCAAAACCUCACCUCGGCUAGUCGCCCUCAAUCUCAACAUCAAGACGAAGGCUAUGAACGCAAAUUUGGCAAAGCGAGUCGCACCAAGAUCAAAGGGGAAACAUCACAAACACAAACAGUUAAAAUGAAGUUUGACUCCCCGUCCAAUAACAAAAAGGUCCGGCGAAAGAGCACUCGGGAACCGACAAUGACCAUGCACACUCGUGCAGCGACGGAUGAGAUCUAUAGCAUUUUCAAUCAGCCAUUAAAGGCAGAGACAGAGGAAGACGCAGACAGCUUCUGCGGCAGCGAUUACGAAGAUGACGACUGCGCCAGUGCUGGAGAUAGCACAGGGACAGGGCACAUAUCAGCGGCCUCUAGCGAAUUUGGAGACGAGGAGACUCAAACGUUCCACAAAUCCUACGACGACACUGACUAUGCCAACACCACACGAGCUGAGAGCAUCGAUGGCGAUGGGAGCGAUUGGACAGAGUUCAACCCAGAUCGUGAUAUUCCGGACAUUGAAAAUGCUGAAGUUACCUCACAUUCUGUCGUCAGUAAUGGAGCGGAAGAUAGCUCGACACAAGGAACACCGGAGAGGAAAGGAUUUAUACCAGAAAUGCCUGAGGACUACGCUCCUCCAUGGGGGACCUACCGUGACCCUGCGAUCAUGGCCCAGAACCGCCUCCCCUUUAUGACACCUAUUGUAGAGCGAACGGAAUCCAUCCCUUCUUUAACAGCCGCUCGAAACAGCAUUUACAACGCUAAAACGCCUUCGAAGCCUCGCUCACCGGCCAGUAACUAUUUGCUUUCAAGUCCACUGGGAACAAGCACGCCAUACCAGGGAGAUCACACCGUUGCGUCUACAGUUGAUGUGCCAUUUAGUCCCAUGGCCUUCAGGGCCCUCGCACCCAAGCUCCGGAGUAGGGAACCGAUAAUUAGGGAUGCGCAGUGCAAUCCGACUGACAAGGGCAUCCGCAACACAAUCCUCAACUCCCUUGAAAAGCCUCUUGCGACGUACACAGGUUAUCACGGUCAUGUUGAAGAUAGCAACUAUGCUUCAAUUAUCCAGAAAUUCGUCAAAAAUAACACCAGGCGAUCAAAGAGUGGCGGGAACGAGGCAUUUGACACUCCCAUCCUCGAAUUUCCAGGAGCGGAACGAAGCUACAUUAUCAGACGUGAGCUAGGAGCUGGUGCAUAUGCUCCCGUCUAUCUCGCUGAAAGUGUCGACAGUCUUGAAUCCUACGACUCCGACUCUGACGAUAGCACAAGCCCUAACGGCAAUACUUCCAAACUUAGAAAAUCGAACGCUUAUGAGACUCCUCGAUUCCCCUUCGAAGCAGUCAAGGUCGAAAAUGGACCAUCAAGCGCGUGGGAGUUUUACAUGAUUCGCACAGCAUAUAGCCGCCUACGACAAUCCACAGGUCAUUCUCGCGCCACCGAUAGCAUUGUUCGCGCACACGAACUGCAUGUUCAUCGACGUGAAAGUUUCCUGGUGGAGGACUAUCGAGGUCAAGGGACUAUUCUUGACCUUGUCAACAUCGUCCGCAAUGAAACCAUCAACUCCAACCCUACUUCUGAAGGCGGUCUCGAGGAAGUCCUAGCAAUGUUCUUCUCGGUCGAGCUAUUCCGCACUGUCGAAGCACUUCACGCCAAUGGCGUCCUCCACGGUGACAUCAAAGCCGACAACUGCCUCGUCCGUCUAGAUGACCACAAUCCCAACGAAUCGCCUUCCAAGGCCCUCUCCCUGCUCAAACUCGGUAUAGAUGAAACAGCCUUGGAUCCCCGCGAAAGCACACACUACUCUCCAAGCGGCUCUCAUGGCUGGCGACAAAAGGGCCUGUCCCUGAUCGACUUCGGUCGCAGCAUCGACAUGCAAGCCUUCUCGCCAGCCGUGCAAUUCAUUGCUGACUGGGAAACCGGUACGCACGAGUGCAACGAGAUCCGUGAGAUGCGCCCCUGGACCCACCAUAUCGACUUGUACGGCAUUGCCGGCGUAAUCCACGUCUUGUUAUUCGGCAAGUACGUCGAAUCAACUGCCAUCGAUGGCAGCGACGGGAAAUCAUCAUCCCGCACUUAUCGCAUCCGUGAGUCGUUGAAACGAUACUGGGACCGUGAACUCUGGGCUGGUGUCUUCGAUCUCUUGCUGAAUCCUGGCGCUGAGCGCUGGCAGCGCAUCGAGCGCGAUAACGGAGUUGAUGCGGGUCUGUCCUCCGCGCCUAUUCUGCCUGUCUUACACUCUAUGCGGCAUGUUCGUCGCGGCAUGGAGGAAUGGCUCCUUGCCAAUGCUGAGAAAAAGGGUCUUGCUCUUCAGAUUCGGAAGAUUGAGAUUCUCCUAGCUGAUCGAAAGAAGAAAUUGGACAAGUGA